UAUUUAUAUCAGGUGGGAAUUUAUAUGUCAUUUAUCAAGGGAAAAAAAAUGGAGAAGCGAGGAGAAAAUUAACCAAUGGCUAAGUAGCCGAGAGCAUCUCCCUUGUGCGAGUACUCUGCCAUACCAUAGAUGCAAUCAGUGAGAACUCUCCCAAUCAUGAAGAGACCAAUAACCAUUCCUUCAACCCCACCAUCUCCACAAUCUCUUCCUUCCAAGACUACAACUUUGAGAACCCUCUCUUCCAAGAAACCAAGAAAUAUUCUAACAAAUCCAAUCCCAGAAGAAGACCCCAAAUGGGUACCCCUCAACUUAUCAAGAUCAGAACUUUACUUGCCCCUCACCUUCCCAACAGGCCAAACCUUCAGGUGGAAACAGACAGGACCCAUCCAGUAUACUGGUGUUGUUGGUAGGUCCCACUUGGUCUCACUGAAGCAGCUUGACAAUGGUGAUGUUGGGUACCAUUUCCAUUGCGCUACCUCUGAGUCUGCUAGGGACGCCCUUCUUGAUUUUCUCAAUGUGGGUAUUUCAUUAACUGAGGUUUGGGAGAGUUUUAAGGCUUCUGAUAAAAGAUUUGCUGAAUUGGCUACCCAUUUGGGGGGUGCUAGAGUCCUAAGGCAAGACCCUCUUGAGUGUCUCAUUCAGUUUAUUUGCUCAUCUAAUAACAAUAUCAAGAGAAUUACCAUGAUGGUCGAUUUCAUUUCAUCAUUGGGGAAUUAUUUGGGAGCUGUUGGAGGUUUCAAGUUUUAUGAGUUUCCUUCACUGGAAAGGUUGGCAAUGGUUUCUGAACAAGAGCUAAGAGCUGCAGGUUUUGGUUACAGGGCUAAAUAUAUAGUUGGUACUGUGGAAACACUGAAGUCAAAGCCUGGUGGAGGUAUGGAGUGGCUUGCUGUACUUCGCAAAGUAGAUCUUCCUGAGGCCAUUGUUUCGUUGUGCUCUCUACCUGGUGUUGGUCCUAAGGUCGCAGCAUGUAUUGCUCUCUUUUCUCUAGAUCAGCACCAUGCUAUUCCUGUUGAUACUCAUGUGUGGAAGAUCGCGACCAGGUACCUCCUCCCUGAACUGGCAGGAACCAGUCUUACGCCUAAACUUCACAAUCGUGUGGCAGAUGCUUUUGUGAGGACAUAUGGAAAAUAUGCUGGUUGGGCUCAAACUCUGCUUUUCAUUGCGGAACUACCUUCACAGAAAUCACUGUUGAAUUCUACGGAAGAGGAGUCUCCUAAUUCUAAAAAAAGAAAACUGGGUGGGAUCACAAAGGUCCCUAAAGAAUGAUAUGCCGUGCUUGUGUUAUCAUGCUCGAAGUUAGAUUUAAUCUACUUGCUGAUGAAGACUGUUCUUUCUAGUUCUCACCAUCCGAGGCAUGACAUAAUGCAUCUAGCUGGCGAGCAUUUUGCAUGAAGUCACUGUUCCGUAUUUAUUUAAUUGGUGGCGACUUACAGCCUAAUUUUGCCAACUAAAGAUGCUGAGGGUGAUCCUAGUGUUGUUUGAAGGGUUCUCUGGUCUACACAUUAAUUGGAGGAAAAGCCACCUCUAUCCAAUUAAUGAAGUACACAACAUGGAAGCCUUAAAUGCUGUUCUGAGAGGGGAAAUUGGAGGACUGCCUACAUCAUAUCUUGGGAUGCCUUUGGGGGGCCAAAUCUCAGUCAUAUGAAAUCUGGAACAAUGUGGUUGAGUAAUGUGAAAUGAAGUUAGCAAGAUGGAAAUCACAAUAUCUUUCUAGGGGUAGCAGGUUGACCUUGAUUAAUUCUGUUCUUGAUUCACUACCAACCUAUAUGAUGUCAGUAUUCCCAAUUCCCAAAAGUGUAAUCACUAGGUUGGAUAAAAUCAGAAGAAAAUUUCUCUGGCAAGGAAACAAUGAGAGAAAAGGUUAUAACUUGGUUAAAUGGGAUGCUGUGAUAGUGGGAAAGAAGCAUGGAGGUCUGGGAAUAAAGAAUUUGAUGAAUCAGAGCAAAACCCUUAGGAUGAAAUGGUUGCGGAAGUUCAAUAAUGAAGAACAGUCCUUCUGGAAGGAAGUCAUUAAGGCAAAAUAUGUAGAGGAAGACAACUAGAUGACCAAAGAGGUGACUACACCAUAUGGGGUCAGUGUAUGGAGAUCCAUUAGAUCUCUAUGGUCUGAGUUUAAGGCUAACACAAAGAUCAAAGUGGGGAAUGGAGAGAACAGAAUUUUGGAAGGAUGUUUGGCAUGAGGCAGGUAGGCUAGAGGUCUUGUAUCCUGAUAUAUAUUCUCUGGUAUCUCACCAAUAGAAGACCAUAAUAGAUCAUUGGACUCCUCAAGGGUGGAACUUCAUUUUUAGAAGACAAAUGAUUGGGAGAUUCAAAUGGUAGCAGAUUUUUUCAAUACCAUUGGGCAAUUUAAUGGACUGAAGGGUGUCAAGAUAUUUUGUGGUGGAAAGGCAAUCGGAAGGGCAGUUUUAAGGUGGGUUGUGCAUACAACUGGCUGAACCACACCAAUUGGCCUCUAAGUCACUGGCCAUUGAGGGGAAUCUGGAAGUCAAAAAUUCCACUCAAAGUGGCAUGUUUUGUCUAGUUGUUAAGCAAAGAAGUUGUACUGACUCAAGACAACUUAAAGAGGGGGAUACCAUUAUGUUCUAGAUGUUUCUUUUGUGGGGAAAGUGCUGAGACAGUUAACCAUCUCUUUCUACACUGCAAGAUCACUGGCCAACUAUGGAGGUUAUUUCUGAAUCUUAAGGGUAUGUCAUGGACCAUGCCUGCCAAGAUCACAAAAGCAAUCCAGAGUUGGGAGGAAGUAGGAAAGCAAUCCAAAAACAGAGACAGAUGGAGAAUUGUCCCAGCUAGUAUAUGGUGGGAAAUAUGAAAGGAAAGGAACUCUAGAGCUUUUGAUAGUAUAGAGAAUAGUAUGCAAAAAGUCAAAACUAAAUUGUCUUAUGCUACUAUGUUUUUGGUGUAAUCAGUUACACUCAAAUGAUACUAUCUCCAUAAUUGAUGUACUAGACUCAAUUUAGUAAAAGAUAGUAGGAUUUGAAGUACUUGUUGUAAAUAUUGACUAGUACAGUUUUGGUACUGUCUUUUGAGGAAUAUACGGAGUUGCCAGUUUCGAAAAAAGAA